CCCCAGUGUAGAUCUUAACGCUGUUCGCUCUGAAGCCGUCGCAAGUAAGGAGAGGACAACUUAAUUUAAAGCACCAUUUCGGUUCUCUUGCUUUCUGUGGGGAGUGCAGAUGUCUGUCAUCCCUACCAAUUAAUCACUUCGGAAACAACGAUCCGUGCAGUUUCGCUUAAUUUCCCCUCCUCUCAGAGAUCGCUCUGACCGCCUCUCGAGGCAGCAGGUGGGAACUUGGGAGCGCUGGGCGGCUCCGCGGCUCCACAGUCGCUUUCCUUUUCCAGUCGCCGCCGCGGGUCGGUUCAAAGGCCGCCGUCCCAAAGUUUGGCCAUCGUAAGCACCAUGGACAGCGACCUCCUGCCCCGCUUGGACAUGGCAAGUUUCCGGAGCCUCUGGCAGCGCUUCGACGCUGAUGACAAUGGCUACAUAGAAGGAAAAGAGCUUGAUAACUUUUUCUGUCAUCUGCUUGAGAUCCUGAGCAGUAAAAGCACCAUUACAGAAGAAGAGCUUCAGAGGGUGAAAAAACAAUUAAUAUCAACCUUCAGUGUGACUGAUGAUGGACGCUUACAAAUACAAGAGCUUGCAAAUAUGAUUUUGACUGAGGAAGACAACUUUCUGCAACUUUUCCAAAGAGAAACUCCUUUGAAUAACAGUGUGGAGUUCAUGCGGAUUUGGCGUCAUUAUGAUGCUGACAGCAGUGGCUUUAUUUCAGCUGGUGAACUCCGAGACUUUCUGCAAGAUCUGUUUCGGCAGCAUGGAAAAAACGUUUCCAAGGCAAAACUGCAAGAAUAUACUGAUACUAUGAUGAAGCUCUUUGACAAAAACAAAGAUGGCAGGCUGGAUCUGAAUGACCUGGCAAGGAUUUUAGCUCUUCAGGAAAAUUUUCUCCUUCAAUUUAAACUGGAUGCUUCGAGUGCAGAAGAAAGAAAAAGAGAUUUUGAGAAAAUCUUUGCACACUAUGAUGUUAGUAAGACAGGAGCUCUUGAAGGUCCAGAAGUUGAUGGGUUUGUAAAAGAUAUGAUAGAACUUGUCAAGCCCAGCAUUACUGGUACAGAUCUGGAUAAAUUCCGAGAGAUCCUGCUUCAUCAUUGUGAUGUGAACAAGGAUGGAAAAAUUCAAAAAGCUGAACUUGCCUUAUGUCUGGGAAUUAAAAUUACCCCAUAGGUAUACUUUUCCUAUGGUCUAACAGUUUUUUUUCUUUUGUGAAAACUUGUGAAAACAUUUGUGAAACCUUUUUCAGUACUAUGUAAUAAUCUACUAUAUUAAAUUUUAGAAGAUAGGCUCAUAAAGGUUAAUGAUAUUCAAAUUAGCAAGUAUGUAUUUGGAAGUAUGUGUUCAGAUAGAAAAUGUGAUGAGUAGCAACUGGUUCUGUGUUGUUCAAAGGAGAUAUUAUCUCUCAUAGUCUUAUACAUUUCUGAUCAAUUUGAAAGUUCUGUGAUUGCUGCAACAAGAUAAGUUUCUGCUACAAGACUUUUUAUUUUGCUUUAAUAUUUUCAUUCCCUGGGCUGUGUCCUUCAUAGUGUUCCCUUUGUUUUGUCCCUUCCUACUUUCAAGUACAGUAGAGGUAGUCCUCAAUUUACAACUGUGACAGAGCCUGCCCAUUAAAGACAUAAGUUGCAACAUUUAUAAAGUGGGUUAUCAUGUGACCAAUCCAAUUUUACAACUUUUUUGCCACAGUCACUAAGCAAAUGCGGUUGAUAAGUGAAUCCAUUUUUGUUAUGGGAUAUUUUUGCCCAAAACCACAAAUACAUGUUAAUUUUCAGCAAAAACAUCGUAGAUCAUGGUCAUGUGACUGUGGGACGCUGCAAACAGCCAUAAAUGUGGUCUGCUUGUCAAGUGCCCAAAACACGGUGACUUGAUUGUGAGGGAAGGCACUAUGGAACUAUGUCGUAGCUUCAAAUGAUCGCUAAAUGACCAGUUAUAAGUUGAGGAUUACCUGUAUGGCCUUUGAAACUCACAUUGGGGUUUUUUGUAAGAACUUUUCCAGAAAAAUAAAGCUCAACAGUUGAUAACACA